AUGAGUGGUUAUUCACCUGAGAUUGAUGAUUAUUUAACUGAAUUAAAAACUAAUAUUAAACAAGGUAAUGAUGAAAUUGAAGCUAUGAAAGGAACAAAAGGAGACGAACAUAAUAAUAGAUAUAAUCAAACUAAGCGUCGAUUUGAAAACGCCCGUAAUAUUCUUUCAAGUUUGAAGAUUGAGUCUAGAAGAAUGGAGAAAGAAGGGAAUCCAAAACUUGCUGAUUUUAAUGCUGAAGUAAAAAGAUUAGAAGGAGAAUUGAAUGCUGCAACUCAAAAAUUAACUAAAGAAUUGUCAACAGAUAAAAAAGAUGUAAAUGUUGAUGAUUUGAAUGCUGAUGAAGCAUUAGGAUUGGCUGUUCAAAUACAAGAAGAAGAUAAAAAUCAUCUUGACAAUGCUAUUAAUCAAAUAAAUGAUGCAAAGCAAAUUGGUGGUACUAUUUCUUUACAACUUGAUCAACAAAAUGAACAAUUAGAUCAUUGUAUUGAAUUAGUUGAUGAAAUUGAUUCCACUUUAGAUAUUGCAAACAAAGAGUUGAAUGGAAUAGCCAGAAGAUUAGCAACAGAUAAAAUUAUUAUGGUCUUAAUUAUCGUUUGUGUUUUGGUUAUUAUUGGCUGUUCUGUUCUUUACAUUUUCUUUGGAUGA